AUGUCGUUGAUGGUGAAGAAUAAUCCAUACGAGAACACAAAGAUGGAUAAAGCAGAUCCCCAAGAGUUAAUUCACAGAAGAGCUGAAUUUCUAAUCCAGGAGGUUCUUGAACGAGCAGGCCACAAGACAAGACAGCAGCAACAGAAGAAGCGAUCAUCUGGACCGUUGAUUAUGAUCAGAGUGGUUGGGAUAAAAAUGACAAUUGGUAAGAAACUAAUAAGGAAGAUGAAGAAGAAUAACAGUUCUGAUUGUAGCAAUUUUAUCUCUCGUUUCCUCAAGCGGUUCUUGUUAACAUGUUCUUCUUCUUCAUCUCGCACCAUCUCCGAUCUGCCUCCUCUAUUCACUCUUCAAGUUUGA